GAUGAUGUAAACAGAAAAGACGCCUCAUCCGGAUAAGUCACAUACCAUAAAGGCAGACAAUCUGUAUUUAUCUCGGCAACAGUGAUUCAUUUUUUGUUUUCCUUGAUAUGUUUUAAUUCAGAGAACCAAGAAGCAAUGGACUUCUACAUCAAUUUGAAGGUGAAUUUCAGGGGGAAUGCGAAGAAUUUUCUUCUGUCAGGUUCCGAGACGAAGAGUUGGGAGUCAAUGGAGGCCAUGGUGAAAAGGUCCUUUGGCCUGUGUAAUCUACAAGUUACUUAUUUUGAUGAGGAGAAUGAGGAGGUAUCCAUAAACAGCCAAAUGGAGUAUGAGGAGGCAUUAAAGAGUGCAUCCAGGCAAGGGAACCGGCUGCAUAUGAAUGUGUAUGAGACCAGGGGUCAGCCCACGCGUGUGCCGGCCAAGGCCAGUGGAGGGGAGCCCAAGAGAGGGUUCCGUCCCCCACAGCACUGCCCAACCCUGGCUCAGGUGGUGAGCCGGAAAGUCCAGGCUGCUGUCCCCGAACAGGGCAUGGUGAUCAUGAAAGAACUAAAGGGGACCAAAGAGGAAGAUAAGACACCUCCAGCAUGGUUUACAUCUUACAUGGAGAAGUUCAAAGACCAAGUAGUGAGGGAGGCAGUGGAGAAGAUCUGUCGGGAGUUCUCGGGCCAGUGCUGCAUUCACAAGCCCAUUGGGGCUGAGGCCCAGAUCCCUGAGGUGACCUCCUCCACCCUGCCUGGGGGUCCUAGUUCCACCCCUGCCUGCAGCAGCUGCCGGGGCCAGACCGCUGGGGGAGGAUACCAGUGCAGUGUGUGUACGUCCUGCACACUGUGUGAGCCCUGCAGCUUCUCCCAUGACCCCAGCCACAACCUGGUGAGAGCCAGAACACCCCUCUCCAUCCCUGAGCACGGCUCACCAGCCCCAGACCACAGCAGGUUCUACCGGCGAGGGGACCGGAGCUUCCGUAAGGCGGAGAAGCAGCGUCUGAAGGCUGAGAAGCGUCAGCUGAAGGCGGAGGUAAAGGAGAUCAGGAAGCAGCUGAAGAUGGAAAGGAGGGGCCUGCAGUGGAGUGCUGCUGGCGACGGGAGCUCCUCCCCCGUCCUGCUCCAACCCAGGGCCACCCAGGCCAACAGCCCAGAACGUCCCAAGCGACCCUGCCCUCUGGUGGUGCCAGCCAUGACAGCCCUGUUCCUGGAUGAGAACCUGCCUGAUGGGACUCGUCUUCGCCCGGGCACGAAGUUCAUCAAGUACUGGAAGAUGAGAAACACUGGCAGCGUGAGCUGGAGCUCUGAAACCAAGCUGAAGUUCAUGUGGGGGAAUCUGGCGGUGGCGUCGGGUGACCGCUGGCGUGAGGUGGCUGUGCCUUUCCUGCAGCCAGGUCAGGUGGGCGUGGUAAGCGUGGCCCUAUGCGCCCCAGCCCUGGAAGGCUCAUACACCUCCCACUGGCGUCUGGCACACGGUGGGGAGCAGUUUGGCCCUCGCGUCUGGUGCAGCAUUGUGGUGGACCCCCUGGCCCCUGCAGCCGUGAUGGCAGAUGGCGUGCUGGUGUCGCCCUGUGUCACCCCUCAGGGGAAGAACCCCCUCUCCACAGAUAAGGGUGGGAAGUCUGGUACUGCAGCCUCUAGGGACCAAGCACUCAUGUCAGUGGACCAAGACGAAGGAGAAUACUACAUUCCCUCUGUGGACCUGCUCACAGCCCAGGACUUACUCUCCUUUGAGCUGCUGGACAUCAACAUUGUUCAGGAAAUAGAGAGUGUGCCCAACAACACCCCGGCAGAUAUGACCCCGUGCAUAUCCCCACUGCCCCAUGACGGUGCCCUGCAGGAGAAGCCCACCCUGGGGUUGAUCCAGGAGGAAGCAGAGGCCCAUCAGGCCCAGGGAGUCAAAAGCAUCCAGCCGUCUCAGGGCCUGGGGCCAGGGGCAGAGGGGGGCCGGGUUCCAGCCCAGGAGGAGGGAGAGGAGGAUAUGAGCGGGACUCAGUUUGUGUGUGAGACGGUGAUGCGCUCGCUCACACUGGAGGAGGCCCCAGACCACACACCCCUGCGUGGGAACUGCCCCGGCAAAGUGGUCCGCCCAGCAGCCCAAGGUGGCUCCGCCUCCUCUUCUCUUAAAGGGAAAGGUGUUGAGAAGCGUUUGGAGGCGAGGUUGGAGAAAACCCGGGACAUAUUACCUGUGGCUCCUCUCACAGCCCUAGCACCACCCCAGAUGGCUAUACCAGAGCUGAUGAUGCCAGAUGAGGGUCUGGAGUCAGACAUCGAGAGCAUCUGCGUGGACGCCAGCGGGGACGAAGAUAAAGGAGAGUUGACAGAGGAGAACAGGGGCCCCCGCAGCCGUUCCUCCUCUGCCUCAUCCGAGGAUUACAUCAUCAUCCUCCCUGACUGCUUCGACACCAGCCGCCCGCUGGGAGAGUCCAUGUACAGCUCCGCCCUCUCCCAGCCUGGCGACGCCCCCGACAAGCCCACAGACCCUGACCACCAGGGCCGUACCACUCCCGAGGGGGAGCACGAUGAAGCAGAAGAGACGGUUUCAGGCUCCAGCAGCGCCAACGAUAUGCUGUGCACCUCCCAGACUUUGGACGCCGUGCCCCUAACCCCUGUGGUGGUGGCACCCCCUCGGCUCAACUCAGCUCUUACACCCAGCCUAGACUGCAAUGAUCAGACCGAGGCAGCAGUGGAGUCCCUGGACAGGACUGAGGUCUACCAGCCGGGGGAGUCAGAGGAUGGUUCCAAGCAGCCAGACAGCCAACCAGACAGCCCAUCUGCUUCUGAUGACUCAGAAGACAACUCCGAAGACCCUAGGCACCCAGGCAUCACUGGAGGCCUGGUGAAAGGAGCCCUGUCUGUCGCAGCAUCCGCCUACAAGGCUCUGUUCACUGGGCAGCCUGGCCCAGUGCAGCCCCCAGUGGAUGGAGCCACCCAGGACACCAUGAUGGGGGUGCUGGUGGAGAUGGGCUUUGGUGACCGGCCGCUCAACCAGCGGCUGCUGAAGAAACACAACUACAACCUGCUGGACGUGGUCAACGAACUGGUCCAGAUGACCGACAAUGACUGGUACUCCACCCGCUACUGAGGAGAAAGAAGAGCGGGGGUGGCGUCAUGGGUUUAACCUCUGAUGCCUUAACCUCUUGUCUCUUCUUCCUCUUUUUAGAUUGGGACCAAGUUGACAGGAGGUAUCCUGAUUUAUGACCUAGAGACAUUCCCACGGACUUUGGGAUAUUUAGACUAUCAAAUAGCUACAGUAUGUAUGUAUGUAUGUAUGUAUGUAUGUAUGUAUGUAUGUAUGUAUGUAUGUAUGUAUGUAUGUAUGUAUGUAUGUAUGUAUGUAUGUUAUGUAUGUAUGUAUGUAUGUAUGUUAUGUAUGUAUGUAUGUAUGUAUGUAUAUUCAUUUAACAUGGCCGUUUCUGGCUGUUGGCUUUUGCAUAGGAAAGGAGGAGACCGAAGGGGGGUGGAGGAGGUGGGCUACUCUUUCCAGGAGAACACCUUCAUUGCUGUGGUAACAAAUGGCAAACAUAUCACAAGUUGCUAUUGCCAAGCCAUUCCUGUUAAACAGUAUACUCACCCUUGAAAUCAUAGAUUGGAAUACAGGCUGAAUAUGCAGCCAUAGACCAGGUAUAUUCAACAAGAGUUACAGGAACAGGUGUGAGAUUAGCUGAAGGGGUGUUGGGUGUAAUAUUUAUCACAGAGAGACAGAACCAUAUAGGACUUACUUCUAUAAGCUGUGGCAGUAGUCAACAUUGUAUGACGUUAAUCAACUUCAUAGAGUGUUUGAAUAGUGGACACGUCAGGGUCCUCGUUCCAAGUGGGAAUGACUGUCAGUGUUGAAGAACGCUAUGCUUCGUUCAGAUCACAGCAAUUAAAAACACACACAAACACUCACCACCACAUGCUUAAACCUUUCUCAGCUUAACUGUUCAAAGUAUCAGCGUACUGUAGACACGGUGCGUGUCUUAUUGAUUGAAGAUAAUCAUUCCCCUACUUUCUGUGUUGUCGUGCCAUGGCUGACAACAUGCUAUGGAUAUCUGUGCGUAAUGGUGUACACAUGAAGUAUUUUUGAAAUGAGGACCAUUACAUUGAUGCACUCCAUUUAAUUCCAUUUUGAGAGGGUAUAUUAAUCACCAUUCUUAACUAUGAGUAUAUUUGGGUUUAAAAAGAAAAAUCAUGUAAAUAUAAUAUACAAAUUAUUUCUUUUGUUGCACAUGGAAUAAAUAAAUAUUGAUGCAAACCCAAAAGACUAGCUGCUCAAGAAGUGAAGGAUGUUAUAAUUUUUAAUGUCCUGUUGAAGGGAUUUUAUCAAGAAAUGAAUUAACGUCCUUUACAAAAUGUCUUCAAUCUGCUCAAUAUUGUCCUCAGAUGGAGGGGGUUCUUUUCAGAACCAUACAGGGGGCCUGGUGAUCAUGAUAUAUCAAAAGCAUUGACUCGUUCCACUUGGCAUCAUUAUUAUUUUUUAAAUGUACGUCAAGUUCUUUCAGAACUUAAACUGAAAUCAAGCAUUAUGUAACUAGUUUGAAAUGCUUUUAUUAUUUUUCAAUAAGGAAAUGCUAACGUGUUUCAGGUGAUCCUAGGAGGUCAUUGUUAAAAGAUGUUUUUGUUUUAGACUUGAUUGCUUGAGGGCUGUUUCUGAAAUGUAAAGGAAGAUUUGCCUAUGUUCUUCUGGUUGAAGCUUGCUCACGUCAUUGUGCUUGAAUUUCCACUGUACUAAUAUGUUUAUAUUUGAAGAAAAGAUACGGGAAAGGUUUGCUUAAGUAUUGUACACUAAGGGGAAAUUGACAGGGUUGUGAGCAUUGUGAAAAAGAAUGAACACUUACAGUGGGCAGUCAUAUAAUGUAGCAAAUGGAUGUUGGUAAAAAUCAUUAAUACAAAAACACUUUGAAUCGACCCUAUUUUGGAAUAGUGUAGUCUUAAUGGUUCUUAGGGUUAGGGUCUUACCAAAGGAUAAGUGUCUGCUAAAUGACUCAAAUGUACAGUCCUACCAGGUGAUGGUAUCUGAUUUAUUGCUACUUUUGAGUCAACUUUUAGGGUGUCAAAGCGAAACUAAAUUCAAGGACAAUAAGGAUUGUGGUCUUUUGAAUUCACGUAAGCUUUUCCCACAGUGGAAAACUUAUAUGUCAGACAUUAUGGCAGGUUAAUGGAGGUCAGAAACAGUGCGAUUCAUAAAUGUCUACAUGUACUUGAAACAUUCAUACCUUCCAUAUAUGGGCAGGAUAUUUUCAUAGAGGGUGAAGAAUGAGAACUUUUUGGGAGGGAUAAUGUGCAGAUUGUCUGAACUCUUUUUGUGUUGCACUUAAGAUUUACCUGGAACGUUGAAUUGCACUGAAUUCUAGGUCGGCAGAAUUUAGCAUUUGAAUCAGGAAAAGUUUAUACUCACGAAUUCGAUGUUGAAUAAAAUAUGUUAAUGUACUUUACCAGCAUGCACACAUGAUAAAAAAUACAUGCAUUACUUGCCGUGCACGUGUUUACAUGGUUUUGCUCAUGCUUCAGGUGAAAUCUGAAUGUAAUUAUACUUUCCUGUGGAUAUUGUCUGACAUUCCUUCCACCAAAAGGACCAACCACAAAAGACAACCGGUAAAGUACGUAAAAAUAUAAUUUUAUUCAACAUUCUGGCUUGUAGAGAUCGUGAAAGCAAACUUUCCUGAUUCAAACGCUCGUUUCUGCCGACCUAGAAUUCAAUGCAAUUCAAUGUUGGGUUCCCAGGCAAUUAAAAGACAUAGGCUACCUGUGAUGUACAAAUAUAUUGUAUCUAAUAAAAGUCACUACACUUA